AUGCGAACCCGACUCCUUCAAUUUUUCAGCAAAGCCCCCGCCGGUCCCACCAUAGCAAGAACCUUUGCUUCUAGACGAGCAGCCUCGAACAACGGACGCGAUACCAACCAUACCAACCAUACCACCGCCGAACCGGACGAAAAGGACCUCACCGCAGCCCGGGAGUGGCUUAACAGGUUCAAUUCAAAGACAGUCACAAUCCCUCGUGACAUCUGCGAGAUUUCCUUUAGCCGGUCCGGCGGUCCUGGCGGUCAGAAUGUCAACAAGGUAAACUCAAAAGCCACAUUGAAAGUACCCCUCCAGUCUCUCCUGCCUCUGGUGCCGCGGAUCCUACAUCCUCAUCUCCGGUCAUCCCGUUACUACGCCGACAGAACACAGACGCUGGUUAUCCAGUCUGAAGAGUCGCGGAAACAGGCCGCUAACGUGGAGUCCUGCUAUGAGAAACUCCAUCAUUUGUUGAAAACGACUGCAGAAGAUGUGAUUCCUGGAGAAACAUCUGAAAAGCAACGGGAAAAAGUACAAAAAUUGAAAAAGGCUGAAAACGAGGCCAGAAUCAAGGCAAAGAAACUGCACAGCAGCAAGAAGAGUAACAGGCGGGGUAAUAAGUAUGAUGACUGA